GUUUUACAAGUAGACAUUUUGAUAUGAGUCCUCACGGUAGUGUUUAUAACUGAACUUUGACCAAGAACCGUUUACAAGUUGAAGUCCGAGAACUGGUUCCGUAUGUGUUAAAUCGGCAUAAUAUAUUCGCAGUAUCCGACUCUCCAUGGCAGACUAUUUAGAGUCCAUCACCAAUACGAGCGAAUCCGUAGAAAGCGGUAUGAAUGAUCUUUUAAGGGUUGCAGAGACUAAAACAAGAGCAAAUGAGGCAGAUGAAAGUACUGCUUAUUGUGAAGUUUGCCUUCAAGAGUACAAGAAAGUUUUUGCAGAAGGGUAUUGCCUCGAUUGUGAGGAAUAUCUAUGCGCCGUUUGCUUCUCUUGUCAUUGCCAACACAAACCAAGUAGGGAUCAUGUCUUGCAAUCAAAAGACGAAAUGCCAAAGCCAGGUUUACCAAAAAGGACGCACCAUAAGGUUGCAAGUCCUUGCCUUAUUCACCACGAAAAAGAUGUCACACAUUUCUGCAAGACUCAUGACCAGUUAUGUUGUGUCUUUUGUAUAAGUAUUGGACACAGCAUUUGUCCUGAUAUAAAAGUUAUAGCAGAUGAAGCGAAGGAUAUUGAACAAUCUGAACAACUUCGAGAAUUUCAGGCGGAAUUAAGUCGUAUUGAGAGAACUGUUACAUCAAGAAAACAAUUGUCAGAAAACAAUGCUAAAAGGCUUUCACUCAUGAAACAAAUGGCUAUAGAAGAUUUAAACGAAGAGCUUGAAAAGCUUUCAAUUCCAGAAAAGCGAAAAUUAGAUGGAGUGAAAGAUAAAUGUGACACAAUUGGAACAGAACUUUCUUUGUGGAAAAGUAGAUUGCAAACUCUUCUUGAAGAUAAGAACCCCCAGCAGACAUAUCUGUUCUUGAAUCAUACGCGAAAACAACUGGGCUGUGUUGAUAGCCAAAUGCAACAUGCGGGUAGUGAUUGCAAUAUUAACCAUUUCCGUUUUGAGAAAACGACAGAAGAAAUCGAAGGUGGAAAGGUUAUCGGUAAACUUCUAUCUUACACACAUGAGAACGGAAGAUUUAUCACAAAAAUAAAUAUCAGGCACGCCGACGACAAAGUAAAGUCUCGUUUAAGGGACCUUGCUGUUUUGGACAAUGAUUUCAUCGUUUGUGCAGAUGAAUGCAAUUCGUGUUUAAAGGUAGUAGAAGUAAGGCAGAACAGUAUUCAAAGUAAGAUAGCACUUCCAAAGAAACCUUUUCAACUUGCUCGCGUUUCUAAAGAUGAACUAUUUGUAUCAACAUCAUCGGAAACGUUAAUCAAUGUUACAAGUUUAACAAAUAUCGCGACUAGCAAGUCUCUAGAAGUGCAGCAAAGGUGUCAGGCAAUUGAGUGGUAUGACGACAUGCUUUAUGUCGUUUAUAUAGGUGGAGGUGGAGGUUGUUAUGAUCGAAAUGGCAAGCUGAUAUGUGUUUUAGAGAAAGGGAAGACAACCCAGACCUACAUUUAUUCGACAAUUGAUAUAAAAGAUGGUUCAGUAUACCUAUUGUAUGAAGAUGGCUGCAUUGUGGUAAAGUUACAGAGAAAUGGAAUGAGGACUAUUAUUGUACAAGCAAAGGAGUUGAAAGCACCAGCUGCGAUUGUCUAUGAUGAUGAGAAGGAUGAAAUAUUAAUAGCCAGCUUUUUAGGUCGGUGCGUAUUUCGCAUGACGUUGGAAGGAAAAUUAGAAGAAAUCAUUUCGUCGCUCGAUUUCAAACCACUUUCCCUUGAUAUCGACAAACAACGGCGAAUUCUGUAUGUAGGAGGUGAAAGUGAGUACAUUCACCAGUACCAGCUCUCUUGAAAUAGACUAGAAUACCACCUUAAACAAUAGAGAACGUGUAUAAGAGAGCGUUCAAUGAAUCAUUUAAAAAUGAAAUUAAAAAGAUCAAACAGAUACCAGAGAUGCGCUUGACUUGUCAAAUGUCAGUGCCGGAAUAAAGGCACAUUAUUGCUAUUACACAAAUAUUAUCUCAGUAUCUCAGUACAUGCCAACGGGAAUCUUACUGGACAAAACUGAUAUCUAAGAAUGUGUCAAGCGUUAGCAACACUGUGAAGCGAAAACAAAUUGAGAAAUUUCCAGGCUUGAUCGGACAAUUAUAUUAUGAUUUGUUGCACAAAUUGUAAAAUUUGACCUUUAUGCAUAGUUCUCAAACUGUACGUAUACCCGGCCGUGUGUCCAUCAGUCCGUUAGUCCGUUGCGUCUCAACUGUAACUAUUCAAUUUUCUAUCAGAUUUCGAUUACAUUAAACAAAAUUGUAGAACACCGGUGGUAAGGUUUGUUGCGAAUAAUUUUCGUGGUCUCAUCUAAAUGAUCAAUGUCACUCUUGGAGGUAAAUGUUCUCCAAGAUGGAGUUCUUCGUGUCUCUGUCACAACUUCCUAAUUGUAAAUGUGAAUAAAAUCUGACUUCCCAGAAUUGUAGAACACUGCUUUGUUACAAUCAAUGAAUAAAAUUGUAAUCAUUUUUUUAUAAAUUCCCCCUCCCCCCCCCCCCCUUUCCAUGAAAAAUAAAAAUAAUUAACCCUUGAAACAUUAUCAGUGAAAGUCACCUCAUUGAAACUUUCAGCAAAAUUAUCAUUAGACCGACAUUGUUGAUAUUUUAAUAGUAAUUAAUCUCAUAAUUUAUUUUGGGUAAGCUAAUGCAUUCACUAUGUUAAAAUAUCAAACAUUAAAAUAAUUCAAUAAUCUAAAAUUAUAACCACCAAUUAUAAACAAUUCCAAUACUUCGUCAGAUGCUUGAAGAGAUGUAUAACUUUCAUUUGUAGGAUGCUUUGAAUAUGUCAUAUUUGAAAGUGUUUUCUAUUCCAUUUGAUUUUGGUCAACAAGACAUUAAAUUUUUGGUAUUUUUCAAUUUAUCAAAACUUAAUGAUUUUUUGUAUAUAUAUAAUUAUAUGUUAGUUAUAUGUUAUAGUAAGGUAAAAAUAUCUAUUGAGUAGAAAAUCUGCGUGCUUCAGUCAUAUUUUCAUUUCACUUACAUAGUUCAACAGUUUAUAUAAAUAUACAGAAUUGCCUAAAUAAUGGUACCAUAACAACAAUAGAUCGACAUAUCUAAACCAUAUUAGCCCUCCUAAUAUUUCGUUUUCGACAUUUAGUGGGGUGGGAAUGGGGCAUAACUGUUUAGGCUAAUCAUGUGUUUCUAAUUUUAAAAGAUGCCAAAUUCGGUGCGUAGCUAUGUUUUUUAUUUGAUUUUUACUGAAUAAUUAAUGCACAAUAACUCAAUCAUUGAUAUUAUCACUGCAUAUUACCAGUUUAAAUAUGCCUCUUUUAUCUUACUUUCCCCAUUACUAAUUGAUACAUUAUUCGUUUAAUACUAAAUUUCAUGGAAUAAAUACGAAAUAUCUAUACAGUUCACAGAUAUGAUGCAUUAUGUACUAUUAUUAUUUGUGAUAUUCAUUUAAUCUUUUUUAAUUACAGUUAUUAAUACUGCAAUACAAAUUUACUAGUUUAUAGUUCGCCAUUUGUAUAUGUAUAUGUAAACCAUUGUAUUCUAUAAAUUUGAUUAUGGGUCAUGUUGGCAUAUUUCAAAUUUGUAUUGUGUGUUAUAUUUCCUUGAAUAAACUUUCCUCUUC